CUUCCUACACUAAGAAGAAGAAGAAUGCAACCACCACCACCACCCAAUAGUCCCUCUAAUCAUCAAAGAUUUCAUUCAUCAGUAUUUCUAUAGCCAGCUUCCACUUUCAAUCAUACAUCUCAUAUCCAUCUUCGUUUCAUGCAAUGCCAAGGGGAUCGAGAUGGACACUUUCUUAACCACCAGUGUUUGAAACAUUCCCAGCUGUUAAUGUUGAUCCCUUUCUCAUCUUUUGUUAUCUCGUAUACUAGUGUGUUACUAAAUUUUCCGACCAUCCUCUUUAACACCUGCUUCAGGCGCGUAACGCCUUGCCCUGACCAGCCUUUGGCAUUGCGAAUAUAUCAAGAAAGGAAUUCUGAUGAGAUCAUGAGAAGGCUACAGCGUUAAUCAUAUUGAUGUUUGUGAGUUUUUCCACUCUUUUCAGCCUGUUUUUCAGUGAUUUCUUGGAAGACUUCACGUGAAUUCUAGAUGAUCUAUGGCAUGAAGCGGCCAUCCCGCGGGUGAUGUUUGAUGGGGUCUAAGAAAAUUUGGCACCUCAUCUGGGUGAUGUGUUACAUGUUAUUGCUGCCCUAUGUUCAAGGGCAGAGUAGCCUCAACCGUGAUUCUUUAGAUUCUUUUGUUCAUGAUUAUGCAUUGAAGGCGAUGAGAAGGAUGCGUACAGGUAUUCUGUAUAAUAUUUCUCUACCUGCAAAUUACUCUGGUAUACAAGUUUCUGUUGUUCGUCUCAGAACCGCGAGGUUAUGGCUAAGAGGAGCCAAUUUCAGUUUCUUUGACAUCCCACCUAGGACAUUGCCGCACCCCUUUUCCAGGAGACUACUAAUUGUCUAUCAAAACCUUGGGAAUUUGUCAGGUUUCUAUUAUAGUGUCCCAAAUCAUACAUUUGUCACUCCUGUCAUUGGCUUAUUAGCUUAUGAUACAAAUACCAGCAGAAUGGUUAAGUUUAACAUCACCAGGGAUCCUAUUUUGGUCCAUUUUCCUCUGGUCUCAGGGGUAGGUGAUACGAAUAUAACCGCAAUGAAAUGUGUCAGAUUUGGCACCAAUGGGGAAGUGGAGUUUAGCAAUUUGACCAUGGCAAAUAAGUGUAUUGCAAUGGGUCAAGGCCAUUUCUCCAUUGUCAUUCCAUCUCAGCCACUGCAGCCACCAGUGCCGUCACCAUCAAACAAGAGCAAAGAAAGGGACUGGAAAUGGUGGGUUAUAGGAUUUGGAGUAGGAAUUGGUGGAUUGAUUUUGUUGGUUAUGUCUGUGAUUCUUUUGUACAAAUUGAUUAGGAAGAAGAGAAUCGCAAAGAUGGAAAGACAGUCGGAAAAAAGUGAGGUUUUAGGUACAAUUUGGGUUGGACCAAGUAGAAUGCCUUCAGCUACGGGUAUCAGAACCCAACCAGUCAUUGAGAAUAGCUAUGUACCAUGA